GAACAUGGGGAGCUUCAGAUGCUGUCUUUGCCGUCUCCAGCUAUUGAGAGUUGCCAGCACCCGGCGAUUACUUUACACGUGCGGUGUCCUACCUCGGGCACCAACUCAUUACCCUGUCUUCAAUGAGUCUCCCGCCUUGGAUGACUCGGAAGUUGCUCCAAAUAAAAAGAAUGUAGAACGACUGUUUCUCGGUGUUAUGUCCGGGAGCAGGAGUGCUCUGGCUGAGUCUAUAACGCUUGUUGAGUCAGUACACCCGAGGAAGAGAGCAGAGGCUCAACUCCUCUUGAGUAAUGUUCUGAAAGUCGCUAAGGAGAAGUUGAAGGUGAAAGGCCCAAAGACUUUAUCAUUUAGAGCAGGGCUCUCAGGUCCCCCUGGUGCUGGUAAAUCAACCUUCAUUGAGGCAAUAGGAAAAUAUGUGACUGGGCUCGGUCACAAGGUUGCAGUACUUGCUGUAGAUCCAUCUUCAUCAACUAGUGGUGGAUCUUUGCUAGGGGACAAGACUAGGAUGCCGAAACUGUCAGUAGAUCACAAGCCUACAUCAGGCGUCUCCCACAUCGGAACGCUGGGAGGUGUGGCCCGCAACACGAACGGCAUACUUCUCUGCGAAGCGGCCGGCUACGAUUUGGUGCUGGUCGAGACGGUUGGCGUGGGGCAGUCCGAAUAUGCUGUCGCCUACAUGACAGAUAUGUUUGUACUGCUGCUGCCCCCUGCUGGGGGAGAUGAACUUCAGGGAAUCAAGCGAGGUAUCAUUGAGAUGGCAGACAUUGUUGCUGUGACGAAGGCAGACGGAUCUUUACUUCCCGCUGCCAGAGCAAUACAAGCCGACUACACCAGUGCAUCUAAGAUCAUGAGACAAAAGAGCAAGUAUUGGAAAAUGAAGGUAACACGAGUGUCAUCAGUGACAAAGGAGGGAAUCCCAGAACUUUGGACAAUGAUAGAAGAUUAUAAAAACAAGAUGACAGAGAGUGGAGAGCUGUUGCGCCGGAGGCAGAACCAGCACAAGAUCUGGAUGUGGAACCAAAUAAGAGAUCAGGUACUGGGUCUUUUUAAACGGCACCCGAGGAUUUCUCUACGGAUCAGUGAGGUGGAGCAGAAAGUAGAGAGUGGAGACAUCACGCCUGGAAAUGCAGCUGAUCUACUUCUCAGGGAGUUUAGUAAAUAGCUACGCCUAGCUUUCAUGGAUAAACUGCUGUUGAAGUUAUCAUCGGUAUGUGGGUAUUAUCACCUCACCAGCUCCAAGGAUAUGUAGUGCAUAUAUGCCAGCUCUGUUACUAGAUCACUGCUGGGGUUUUUCGCUUGGGGGUUUUGCGUGAUUCGAAUACAAGUCUGGCAAAUUCAGUGGCCCUAUAGGUUUGUGUUUAUUGUCAUGGCAACACAACUCAAUCUGUCUCCAUUAUUCCAAUUUGGUCUAAAAUUUCAAACACUGGUAUCAUCUUUUUACAUAAUUUGUUUUAAACCCAAGCAGGUGCAAGCAGUUUCAUUUCUUGUCUGGCACCAUCUUGAGUUUAGAGUAAUUUUGUAGUGCUGUAUCCUACACUUACAAAUCAUGUAACCAAUUGUGUCUAUUAUCUUCAGGACUUGCUAAUACUAUAUGUAUGUAAUAAUUUAUUAUAUUUGUCUCACACGUCUAAUAUUCAAACCCUAUUAAUUUGAUGCAAGUCCACUUUAAAUUCCUGGUGGUUUAAAGAGUAAUGGAUUGCAGUGUAUAGAGCACAUAAGGAUAAUCCAAUAGGGAUUUUGUUGAGCUGGUAAAUUACACGAUACCUGUCUUACAGUACUUUGUGUCAGCCAUAAAACUUGUGCCAAGUUUUGUACAACUGCUAGUUGACUUGAUAGUCUAGAUCAUGGCUUUACACAUCUAAACCUCAAACGAUGCCAAGUUUGGUGUGACCUCUUACUUUAAUAGAUCUUUUCUUUUUGCCAUAAUUUGACUGACAUUUCUACACAGGUUGUUCUAGACUUAUUUCCACCAGACCGUGUGUACCUACGAAAAUCAGAUUAGCUCUGUAAGUCGGCGGCUAUGUAUCGCUGUAGUAAAGAGUCAUUGUGCCUACUAAAAUCCUAUUGGGGUGUAAAGAUGCGUGACUUUGUCCAAAAUCACUUACAGUUUCAAAAUAGUGACCAAGUCUUUCUGAUAACUUAUAUACAAAAUAUUAUAUCCAUGUGUUUACUAGUCUGCAUAGUGUAAAUACUGACCUCAUGGUGUAUUUAUUUUAGUAAUUUCAAUUGAUUACAAAAAAAAUGUGCAAAUAAAUUGCGACAAAUUUUUUUCACAGAAAUA